AAUUCAGACUUUGAUUAAUCGAAAAACAAACCUUUGGUUUUGUGCAAGUUGCGACUUGUUUGAGUUUGGUGGAUUCCAGGCUUGUGAGCUUUGUAUCGAUUGAAUGUUCUCUUCAAUCGUGGUCGAGCAGCUACCCUUUUAUACCAUACGAGCUUUCCCCAGGUGUGGAAUUGUCCGUUGGUUCCGUUUUAUCCCAAAUUUCGUAUUAAGAACGCGUUGUUCUUGAUUCGAGUUCAAUCAAUCUUUGGAUUGAUUGUUUGUUGCGUUACUUUGAUAAAAAUACACCACCAGGGGCGUAUUAAGUGGUAUCAGAGCCCCGUUCAAAUCAGUGGCGGUUUGUUCUUGACGACUCUGCUUUCUGAGUCAAACAAGAUGGAAAUUUCGGCAGAAGAGCUAGCAGAAUCGAUGUUCUUCACGCGUUGUUUAAUCGAUGAGAAAGUGUGUUUGGUUCUAGUUGAUGGAGGCAGAGAGAGGAAUUUAAUCUCCUCCAGAACAGUGGUAAAGUUAGGGCUGCAAUCACAGCUACAUCCAGCUCCCUACAAUGUCCAAUUACCGUACGAAAAAUACCCAAGUUUCGUGAUUUCUCAAGUGGUUGUGGACUUUUCGAUUAGUUCGUAUAAAGAUAGGGUACUGUGUGAUGUGGUUUACAACUUGCCCAGCAAUAUUUUUUUCGGACAGCCUUGGUUUCAUGAUCGACAAGUUCGGCUAGUUAGUAGAAGGAGCAAGAAAUUUCGUUUGCAGAAGCAAAACAAUGUAGUCAUUCUGGUUCCUUUGUCUCCAGAGGAAGCUGCCGAAGACUUGAAGACGCUGCAAAGUCUCCAGGAAGAAUAUCGUAAGGCUUUGCUGGAGAAGCCGUUGACGUUGAAAGGCGACCCAGUAAAGGCGCUGGCCGGAACAGGACACCCAUGUUCUGCUUUGACGAAACAGAGGACGCGAUCAGAAGAAGUCGUCACGAUGAUGAAGGUUGAGUCGGGCGACGCCAAAGACACUGUCGACUUGCUUGAAGUGGUUGGGAUGACUGAAGAUGAUUCAAAGCAUACCAUCGCUGCACAAAACGACCCCUGUGUUGCUGCCCAGAAGGAACUCUGUUUUGCGGCGGAGAAACAGAGCGUUCAGGAGCCAAACUAACCCGACGUGGUAAAGGGCGAUUUGAUCAAGGAGGAAAGUGCAGACGAAUUCUUCGAAGGUGAAGGGAUGAUGGAGAUUUGAGGAGACGUCGUGGAGCAAACUGUCAACGGACGAAUCUUCCCGGUGACGAAAAUGGCAGAACUUCACCUCCUCCCGUCGAAACAGAGCAGGAGAGAGAACGAAUGGGGUGGACUCAUCGGCGAUCAUUCGAAACCAACCACCAGUGUCGCAAGCUUCCCUACAAUCCCUGAAACGUCAAAGUUAGCUUCAAUGGAGGAGGACAAACCUAAAAAUCGAGAAUCGAUUUUGAAAAAAUCACCUCUGCCCGCGAAGGAAGACAACGACAAGAACCCUCUCGUGGGUAGAGAAAAUAAGCUCGAAUCAAGCGAAUUCCGCCCUUCAGAAUCAUUCAUGGGGAUCCAAGGAACGUGUAGGAUCCAUCAAUUCGACUCAAAUAUGCUUGGAUUGAAAAACCCCAAAUUCGGCUUCGAAAUUCCGGGUUUGAAUUCCGGCGACGUCGGGACAGAAAGUCUGGUUGGUUCGAAGGCUACGGCGACGAUUCGAGACUGGGAAAGGGUUCAAAAAUUCAAUUGGCAGCCUGGAGAAGAGCUUGGAGUCGUUCAAUUGGAUUGGGAAUGUCAGAAUUCAAAAUCCCCAAUUCAGUCGAGCAAGAACAUGUACGCAGAAGAAGUCCGACAACCUGGAAAUUGUGCUGAUCGUGUUCAAGUGAAAUUGGACGUCGGGGCAGGUUUUUUUCAAGUUCAGGAAGGGUUCCCAAUAGCUCUGCAAGCUUCAAAGUCCCUGGAGAAGCUUGAAGGUGAAAUUGAGGGCGUAAUUUUUAUGCCGAAAAUUGUGUUUGAGCAGCCUACUUUCGAUCCAAUUUGGGAUCAAUUCUGUGAACGGUUUGAGAAACGAAAGGCUAAAGUGUUGAGGGAAACACUUUUUCAAGAGGGAAGGCCUGAUAUGAUCCCAAAUUGUCCACAAUUCACGUCACAAUUACUUGACAAAGAAGCUGUCGAAGUUGGGAAGAAGAAGGGCAGAAUUUGGCUGUCAAAAUCCGUGUUCAGGGUACAUACUUUGGAGGCAUGGUUCUCUCAAUUGGCUUUGUGGAAAAUCAAGUUUAAGGGUUUGUUUUGCAGAUAAAGUUGUCAUGUUUCCAAUGGUAUGCUUUUUGAAUCCAGAUGAUGUCAUUAAGGUUGUUUUCCAAGGUCUCAAAGUUGCUACCUCAAAACUGGAAAACUGCCAGAAAAUGGUCAAGUCUGGAAACUGUUUUGUGAAGCCUACUUUGGAGCUUAAUUCGAGGAGUAUGGAUCUUAUCCAAGUCCAAAGGCUUCCACAACAUGAAACUAUGUAUGUUUGUGAACAAAGGAAAGGAACUGGAUGAAGAAUUGGAGUUCGGGAAGGCCUCGAACAAAAGGCGCGAAGUUAGUACGAAAGCUGCCUUUUGACUGUUUUGCGGGCAGCUUACUUGUGCUUCAAGAAAGGAAGUUUGUGUCC